UUCAGAGUCAGAGACCAAAGAAAAGGGAUCAAAUCAAUGAAGUCUUUUUUUCUUUUCUAAUUUUCACAUGUUAGAGUUUCUAUAUUUAAUCAGAUGUGAUUAUUUAAAGUGUUCUAGUUUCUUUUGCUCUUGUGUGUGAGAUCAUCUCCUGACGUGGAGUGCCGGGCUGCUCUGCUCCUGCUGAGCACGCUCAGUUCGUUGUCAUCAGCAGAGUGAUUAGUGUUGAAAGUUGUGUCACAUGACCCGGUGUUAGGGCUUAGAGUGAGGCACCGGGAGCUCCCGCAGCACAACCAUUACAACCGUGAAGUCCAGCCAGCAGCCAUGGGCAGCACCAAGCAGGAAGCCGACGCUAAUCAGAUUAAGAGGCUGGGAAGGAGAUUUAAGAAACUCGACCUGGAUGACUCCGGAUCCCUGAGCAUGGAGGAGUUCAUGUCCCUGCCAGAGCUCCAGCAGAACCCCCUCGUGCAGCGAGUCAUCGACAUAUUCGACACUGACGAAAACGGGGAAGUCGACUUCAGAGAGUUCAUUGAAGGAGUCUUUCAGUUCAGCGUGAAAGGAAACAAGGAGCAGAGGCUGCGUUUUGCCUUCAGGAUCUACGACAUGGACAAAGACGGUUACAUCUCCAAUGGAGAACUCUUCCAGGUCCUAAAGACGAUGGUGGGACGCAACCUGAAAGACACACAGCUGCAGCAGAUUGUCGACAAAACUAUCAUCGGCGCCGACAAAGACGGAGACGGCAGAAUCUCCUUCGAGGAGUUCUGUGCGGUGGUGGGAGGAUUGGACAUUCACAAAACGAUGGUUGUGGACAUCUGACGGCCUCUCAUUUAUUCUUCGUCCAUUCACAGGAGAAGUCAUUCAGCUGUUCCUCCCUCUCCAUUAGCUCGACUGUUUGUUUUAACCAUCGUUCGUAUUUAUUUCAGUGAGCUGACUUUUCUGCCACUGAUGGUUCAACAGAGUGAAGUGCCAACAGCUCACAGACAAGUGAACUCAGGCGAGAAGUUUCUCAGUCUCAGAGGAGGAACUGGACCAUUGAACACUUUAUCCCGCUUUACCCGUGAACGAUGGCCCAGUUUGACAGUCACAUGUGCACUGAUGAUCUCCUGAAGAAACAUCGUGGGGGGUCCUUGCAUCUCUUCUUCUUCCUCUCCAGAACAGUCAAAUCAGAUUUUAGAACUUCUGA